AAAUCCAUACUGGAUGGACACCCUACACAUGCUCGGAGUGCGGGAAAUGCUUCAGUUAUAGAUCAGCCCUUCGCUUACAUCAGAGAAUUCACACAGGUGACAGACCCUAUGGAUGCUCUGAGUGUGGGAAACGCUUCAUGGAUCGUUCAGCCCUCAUCACACAUGAGAGAAUCCACACAGGAGAGAGACCCUACAUGUGCUCUGAGUGUGGGAAAAGCUUCAAUCAGAGCUCAAACCUUAUCAGACAUCGGACAAUCCACGGAGGAGAGAUGCCCUACAUAUGCGCUGAGUGUGGGAAGAGUUUUAAGCAGAGCUCUGCCCUGAUCACACAUCAGAGAAUCCACACAGGGAAGAGGCCUUAUGAAUGCAGUGAGUGUGGGAAAAACUUUACUCACAGAUCACACCUUAUUACCCAUCAGAGAAUCCACACAGGGGAGAGACCCUAUGAAUGCAGUGUGUGUGGGAAAAGCUUCACUACCAGCUCAGCCCUUUCUGAACAUCAGAGAAUCCACACAGGGGAGAGGCCCUAUGAAUGCACUGAAUGCUGGAAAACCUUCACGCGCAGCUCGCACCUUACUAGGCAUCAGACAAUCCACACAGGGGAGAGGCCCUAUGAGUGCCGUGAGUGUGGGAAAAGCUUCACUACCAGCUCAGCCCUUUCUGAACAUCAGAGAAUCCACACAGGGGAGAGGGCCUAUGAAUGCCGUGAGUGUGGGAAAAGCUUAACUCACAGCUCAGGCCUUUUCUCCAUCAAAGCAUCCACACAGGAGAGGCCCUAUGAAUGUUGUGAGUGUGGGCAAACCUUCAGUCGCAGUUCACACCUUAGUAGGCAUCAGAAAAUCCACACAGGAGAGAGGCCUUAUGAAUGCCGUGAGUGUGGGAAAAGCUUCACUACCAGCUCAGCCCUUUCUGAACAUCUGAGAAUCCACACAGGGGAGAGGCCCUAUGAAUGCCAUGAGUGUGGGAAAAGCUUCACUAUCAGCUCAGCCCUUUCUGAACAUCAGAGAAUCCACACAGUGGAGAAGCCCUAUGAAUGCAGUGAGUGUGGGAAAACCUUCAGUCGCAGCUCGUACCUUUUUCAACAUCAGAGAAUCCACACAGGUGAGAGGCCCUAUAAAUGCAUUGAGUGUGGGAAAAGCUUCACUACCAGCUCAGUACUUUCUGAUCAUCAGAAAAUUCACACCGGUGUGAGACCCUAUAAAUGCAGUGAGUGUGGGAAAACCUUCAAUCACAGAUCAACCCUUAUUAGGCAUCAGAGAAUCCACACAGGGGAAAGGCCCUAUGAAUGCAGCGAGUGUGGGAAAACUUUCAUACACAGUUCACACCUUAUUAGGCAUCAGAGAAUCCACACUGGAGAGAGGCCCUAUGAAUGCAGUGAGUGUGGGAAACGCUUCACUACCAACUCAGCCCUUUUUCAACAUCAGAGUAACCACGCAGGCGAGAGGACCUAUAAAUGCGGUGAGUGUGGGGAAAGCUUCACUACCAGCUUAGCCCUUUCUGAACAUCAGAGAAUCCACACAGGAGAGGCCCUAUGAAUGCAGCGAGUGUGGGAAAACCUUCUGUUGGCACU